AGAGGAGGGCAUGCUGGCCCCGUCUCUGGAGAACAUUUGCAAAGAGGAGAGGAAAGUAGAGAGAGUGGAGUGAGCAGCAGCGGGCAGCAGGAGGAGGAGAGAUUAUUUUAGAGAUUGUAACUUAACUUGUAGAUGUUCGAUCAGGCCACGACUAUGGGCGAUGGGAGCCACCGCUGUGGACCCAACCCGCUGUGCCCGGACCGGAUGGAGAGCAAGUGCCGCGCCGAGGUCGGGAGCCGGUCCCCGGUGCAGAGCUCCACCGACACCCCGGGGACCUCGGCGUCCACUCCGACAUCCUCCAGCGAAGACGGCCACGACAAACUUUUGGGAGUAGAUCCAGACUACUGCCGGAGGAUAUUAGUGAGGGGUGAACCCAAAGGCACCAUUCCGGAGAUCGUCCUGCCCAAAGGCCUGGACCUGGACCGGCCCAAGCACCGGACCUCCUUCACGGCGGAGCAGCUGUACCGGCUGGAGCUGGAGUAGCGGUGCCAGUACGUGGUGGGCCGAGAGCGCACGGAGCUGGCGAGGCAGCUCAACCUCUCCGAGACGCAGGUCAAAGUUUGGUUCCAGAACCGCCGUACCAAGCAGAAGAAGGACACCACCAAGGACUCGGACAAGCGCUCGUCCUCCACGUCCGAGUCUCUGGCCACGUGCAACAUCCUGCGCCCUGAGCAGGGCCGCCUGCUGUCGGGCCCCGCCCCGCCCAACCCCCUGCUGGGCCCGCCGGGCCACCCGGCCAACGGCUCCCUGCUGAGCAGCCCCGGCGGCGGCUCGUCCACCUCGCCGGGGAUCGGCGGCGGCACGCCGCCCAGCUCCCUGCCGGGCGGGACGUUCGGACUGUCGCUGCCGUCGCUGGGCGGCGCCCCGCCCUCGCCGCGCCUGGGCGUGCCGCCGCCGCACUCCCUCUGCUUCUCCAUGCCGCUGCUGGGCGGCGCCCACCACGAACUGACGUCGGCCUACGGCUGCGGCUCCUCGGCCUUCGAGCCGUACAUGCGCCUGGACAGGAAGGAGGCGGACCUGGGCGGCAAGAAGACGGUUUCCUAA